AUGAGCGGAGCUACCAUGGCAGACUCGAUUCGAUCUCCGAUAGCCAUAGUCGGUGUCGCAUACAGGGCGCCGGGUACUGGUCGGAAAGGGCUCUAUGAGUAUCUCGCCGAGGCCAAAUCAGCCUUCUCGCCCAUCCCGAAAGACCGCUUUGAACAAGAGGCCUAUAAUUAUAAUGAUUCAGAAAAGGCCGGCGUCUUCGCGCCCAAGGGCGCCCAUUUUCUUCCCGGCGACAUUUACGCCUUUGAUGCACCCUUCUUCAACAUGAACGGAGAAGAGGUGACAUCGAUGGAUCCACAGCACCGUAUGAUGCUCGAAUGCGCGUUGGAAGCUGCGGAGAACGCAGGAAUCCCGCUGCAUGAGCUUUCUGGGUCCACUACUGGCGUGUUUGCUGCGAUGGAACGAUGCGAGUACGGUGAGAGACUCGCAGACGAUCUCCCCACCCUCACAAAAUACUCUGCCGCUGGGACUUCGGGCUGUAUGGCCUCGAACCGCCUGUCAUACUUCUUUGACCUGAAGGGACCAAGUGUUUCACUCGACUCGGCCUGCUCGAGUAGUGCAUAUGCAGUCCACCUGGCUUGCCAAAGCCUCCGCAUGCGUGAAUGCAACUCCGCAUUUGUAGGGGCGUCAUCCCUCAUCAUUAACGCCAACGCAUUGGUUCUGCUUGACACAAUGGGCGCCCUCUCCCCCGACGGUAAGUGCUACUCGUACGAUUCCAGGGGAAACGGGUUUGGCAGAGGAGAGGGCGGCGCUUGUCUCAUUCUCAAGCGGCUGGACGAUGCACUCGCGGCUGGCGACUCUGUUCAGGCUGUCAUCCGACAUACUGUCGGUAAUCACUCGGGCCGGACAAGGGGAAUCACAAUGCCGUCACAGCCGGCACAGGAAGAUGUCCUCCUCCGGGUACACACAGAAAUUGGCCUGGAUCCUUCUGAUACAACCUUUGUGGAAGGGCAUGGCACUGGCACCAAGGUUGGCGAUCCUAUAGAUGCCGGUGCCGUCGCAAACGUAAUAGGGAAAGGCCGUGACGAUCCGUUAUAUAUUGGAUCCUUAAAGUCCAACUUUGGCCAUCUACUCAGUGCUAGUGGCAUGCUCGCCAUCGUCAAAGCCGUCUUGAUGAUACAGCAUGCUACCAUACUACCGAAUUCAGGCUUCCAGGAGAUGAACCCCAAGAUUGACGCGUCCAAGUUGAAGGUAGCUCAAGCCCCCGUCCCAUGGCCGACCAACGCCCAUAAGCGCGUCUGUGUCACCAACUUUGGUUUCGGUGGGAGCAAUGCCGCCGUACUACUGGAAGAGUUUCAAGGCGACCUCUCGAAGGCUAGGGGACUUACCAACGGCCAUAGCAGCGUGAACGGACAUGGCACUCCCGAUGACCACAGCUCGCUAAACGGACGUGCCACUCUUAAUGACCAUGCAGGCUUGAAUGGACACGAGAGGUCCAAUGGAGCGGAUCAAGUGGACGGGCAUUCCCGACCUAGUCAGACGAACGGCACUCACGCAAACGGGCACUCGCAGUCCCGGAUCUCUGGGAGGCUGUUCACAUUCUCCGCCAAAUCCGCAAAAUCCCUUUCCCAAUACCUACCCUCUUUCACCUCUUACCUGGAAAGCAGGGCCUCUUCGGCGGAUGCCGACAAUGUGAUGAACGAUCUGAGCUUCACCCUUAGUCAACGCCGCACGCACUUCUCGCACAGAUUUGCUCUAGCAGCCGACUCUAUAGCGGAUCUAGCACAGCAGCUGUCCUCGCUUCCACCGGCGAGUACUGGCAAGUCGAUCUCAGGCCAGGAGCCUGUCCCUGCCUUCGUCUUCACCGGGCAAGGCGCGCAGUAUGCGCGAAUGGCGAUCGAGCUUCACCAAUAUAAGCCUUUUGCCACAGCACUCCACCAGGCGGAAGACUAUCUGAAGGGGUUUGGUGCGACAUGGUCCUUGGUAGAAGAGCUAGGGAAAUCCGAGGCAGCGGGAUCGCGCAUCAACGAGGCCGAGAUCAGUCAGCCUGCCUGCACUGCUGUUCAGAUUGGAACAGUCACGCUGCUCCGCAGCUGGGGAAUUUCACCUUCCAUUGUCGCUGGUCACAGCUCCGGAGAGAUCGCCGCGGCAUACGAAGCUGGGUUUCUCUCAUUCCGGACCGCAAUGGCAGUUGCAUUCUUCCGAGGGCGGGCGACGGUGGAGCUGCGCGAGAAGAGCGACCCUCGGGGCGGGAUGAUCGCCCUGGGCACAGAUGUCGACACCGCGGCGACAUUGCUGGAGUCUGCUGCCCAGCUUGGGCGUGCUGGCAUUGCGGCCAUCAACAGUCCCAAUAGCGUGACUGUGUCGGGAGACAUGACUGCUAUCGAUGCGAUUGAGCAGGUUGCAAAUGCACAGGGCCUUUUCAGCCGCAGGCUGAACGUUGACAUGGCCUACCAUUCCCAUCACAUGGAGCUGGUCGCAGACUCCUACCGAACUGCUAUUACGCCUUUCCUCGAUGCUGAUCGCACAUUGACCAAUCUCGACCUGAAAAAAGUCGACCAAGCAUUCUUCUUCUCAUCUGUCAUCGGCCGUAGAGAGUGUGCCGAUUCCCUGACUAGGGCAUCUUACUGGGCGAAGAACCUUGUGAGUCCGGUCAGAUUCUUGGAGGCCGUGCAGGGCGUACUCUCCACGAACGGUCUUGGGGGCAAACUAGCCAACGUCAUCAUCGAAGUCGGGCCACAUGGAGCACUCAAAGGCCCGAUCAACCAGACGCUGAACUCAAUGAGCGGCGUUCAUGCGACAUAUCUUCCAACACUUAUGCGUGGAACUAGUGCUGUGAAAGCCGUCCUAAGUUUCGCCGGACGCAUGUUCAUGCUGGGGAGCAACCUGGACUUCGCAGCGGUGACCGGACUGAACAAGAGCAACGCGCGCGUGUUGACCGACUUGCCCUCGUACGCAUGGAACAAAGAACGCGUUUACCUCCACAAGUCACCCAUUUCUGUCCAGAAAAUGCAUCCUGGACACACCUAUAGUCCCCUGCUGGGCUGGAAGAUGCCGUCCGAGGGUGGCGAACACACUUUCCGCCAGGUCUUCACGCUUGACGAGAUGCCGUGGAUCCGGGAUCACAAGGUCGUGGGUGAAACCCUCUUCCCCUUCUCGGGGUUCGUGAGUCUUGCAGUAGAUGCCUUCAGGGCGGUAACUGGCGCAACGCCCGAGCUGUCCAGCGUCUUGAUUCGAGAGUUCCAUGUCAAGCGAGGCCUCAAGGUCGAAGAAGACCAGCGUGUCGACAUAAGCACCAAACUCAGACCGGCGGAGACGGGGACUGGAUCUUUCUCUUCCACCAUUUGGUCCUUUGAGGCGAUGACCUGGGCAGAGUCUACUGGAUGGACCACGCACGCCUACGGCCGCAUUGAGGCUGGCGUUGCAGACAUGGCCACAGUACAGAGCCCAGUGAGAACCGCAGCUGAAGAGCUCUUGUCCGUGGCGAAACCGACAGCAGACAACGCCGAGGAGGAGUACGAGACGUUUCUAAAGUCUGGUGUCUCUUUUGGGCCCACUUUCAAGAACAUGACAGCAUUGUGGACGGCGCCGGGUGUUGCUGUUCACAAGACGGUGCUGCGGCAGAUCGACGUGCCAUUAUCUCUGCCGUCUCGAGGAUCCUAUGUGACUGUCGACCCACCAGCGCUGGACACUCUGUUCCACUCUGCCAUUGUUGUUGCUGGCAAGAACCACCAGCAGCCCCGUCCCGCCUUUGUGCCAGUUUACGUCUCCAAGUUCCAGAUCUCGAACAGCAUUCCCACAACGGCCGGCCAGCAAUUCAUGUCUGUGACACGUAAACUUGGCUUGGACGAAAAGUCGGGCCGUCUCGAACUUCAGUUUGUCAUUUUCACGAAGGCGUCGUCAGGCCUGGUUCCAUGCCUCGACGUCGACAUGACGAUGCAGCGCAUCACGCAGCCUGGUGACGAGAUUGAGCAUAGCAUGCAGUCUCUCCCCAAGGGCUAUUACGAGACCCUGAUACCGCAUGUUGGCCUUGCUGACGGCGACACGCUGGCGAAAGCGCUGGCUGACUACAACCUCGACCAUGCGCAACUGCACAUGCGGCGCCAGUUAGCUUCUGUGGGUCGGCAUUUCCUAGAGCGCGCUCUGAAGUCGACCGAGGACGGGAUCCGGGCAGACAUGCCAUCCCACCUCGUCAAAUUCUUGCGUUGGGCCAAAGAGCGAGUUGCGGAGCCUUGCGAAAUGCCGGUCACCUCGCAGCUGAUCGAAGAGGUCGCCAAGGGCAGUGCUACCGGUGAGCUUCUCUGCGCGGUGGGCGAACGCAUCCCUCAAAUUCUGCGCGGGGAGGUUGAGCCUUUGGAAGUCAUGAUGCAGGACGGACUCCUCACUCGGCAUUACGAAGAUGACAUGGCCACACAUCGGGGUAACCAGGCUUUGUCCAAAUACGUCGCAGGUUUGGGUGAGCUCAACCCCAGUCUGAGAAUCUUGGAAGUUGGAGCGGGCACCGGUUCUGCGACGCUGCCCAUUCUAGAAGCUUUAUCGGGAGGGCACGACGAAGGGCACGACAUUGCUCCGCUCUUCUCCAAUUACACUUUCACGGACAUUUCUUCGGGAUUCUUCGAGAGUGCACGCAAGAAGCUCGCGAGAUGGCCUCAGUUGACAUACAAAAAGCUGGACAUUAGCCGUGACCCGGCAACCCAGGGCAUCGAAGUAGGCACCUAUGACUUGGUCAUCGCAACGAAUGUCUUACAUGCGACCUCGAACAUCGAGGAGACCAUGCUGAAUGUUCGGGCUCUUCUCAAGCCGGGCACGGGCAAGCUUGGCAUGCUCGAGCUUUUGCAUGGCAACGAUCCUUUUGCUCUGCCGUUCACUUUGCUUCCGGGCUGGUGGCUAGUUUCCGAUCGCUUCCGAGGUUCGGAGAGCGGCCCGAUAAUGUCGCAGGACAAAUGGCACCGGUUGCUAUUCUCGACCGGGUUCUCCGGUAUCGAAGGCGCGAUCGGGGACUGGCCUGGCGCUGCAGAACACAGCAUGAACGCCUACUGGAGCACAAGGCUGGACGAGGAUGACGAAUUCUCGGAUAUGUUCGAGUCGGUCACCAUCUGCGGUGCCAUGGACACGCCGGAAGAUAUAGAAUUAGCCCAAGCGGUGUCCACGGCCGUGGAAGAUAUCCUGGGCAUUCCCACACCACAGAUCCAGUCUACAGCUGAGUUCGAUGGUGCCCAGAAUAGCUUCUGCAUCUUCCUAGACGGCGGCAAGAGCAGCUUUCUCAGCAAGUUGGCGACCGAGCAUGAUUUCAAUACGCUGAAGAGUAUUUUGCUCGAGCCCAACGGCUUGCUCUGGGUGACCCCGACAAAUGAGAGCCCGGAAUACUCCCGCAUAGAGGGCAUCCUUCGCGCUCUUCGCCUAGAGGACGGAACGAAGAAGUUCCUGCAGAUUGGCGACAUUCCAGGCGAUGCUAUACAAGGCGCCGCCAUCGUUGCCCGUCUCGCCCAGAGUCUCGUACGGGACACAGCAGACGCAGCCUUCCGUGAGCAAGAGUUUGUAUGGCAGGAUGGCAUGAUCCAUGUGCCCCGACUCCGCAGACUCCGGAAGACAGAAGAAACAUUUGCCAUUGAAGCUGGUAUGCUGAUUCGCAAGGAGCAGGACAUAUGGGAGAGUCAUGGCCCACACAAAGCGCUCCGCAUGACCAUCGAUACCCCUGGCAAUCUCGAUUCAGUUUCUUUUGAGCGACAUAGCCUCACUAGCACCACUCCUCUGGCUAGUGACGACAUCAUAGUCAAGGUCGACGCUGUAGGUGUCAAUUUCCGAGAUCUGCUACUGCUACUCGGUGCCAUCCCGUGGAGCCUACCUGGUGUGGAAGGGGCCGGGACCGUUGUGCAGACCGGUUCGAACGUGUCCCACGUUCAGACUGGAGAUCGCGUCUUCUACAUGGUACAGCAGGGCGGGUUCUCGACGUAUGUUCGCAUGUCUGGCCUCCGCGCAAGAAAGUUGCCAGACUUCAUCUCUACCACCGACGCCGCGAGCUUGCCCGCCGCCUACUCGACUGCCCUCAUGUGCCUAGACCGCGUCGCCCGCCUCAGGCGAGACGAAAGCGUAUUGAUUCAUGCUGCCUCGGGUGCCGUUGGCCAGGCGUGCAUUCGCCUGGCGCAGAACAUGGGAGCGGUUGUCUUUGCAACUGCUGGAUCGGCAGAGAAGCGGGAGUUCCUUCAAAAGACGUUUUCGAUCCCGGAAGACCACAUCUACUCCAGCCGAACAGCCGAGUUCCGGCAAGGAAUUCUGAACAAGACGGGCGGAAAAGGUGUGGACGUGAUCGUCAACUCUCUGAGCGGCCAGUUACUCCAAGAGACAUGGUCAUUGGUCGCCGAAUUCGGCCGUUUCAUCGAGAUUGGUAAGAGGGACGUACUGGAUAAUACCCAUCUAGGCAUGAGGAAGUUCUACCGCAACGUGACGUUCACUUGCGUGGAUCUUGACCAGUAUUUCAUGAAGAAGCCUCAAUAUCUGAAGGAAUGCCUAGUCGAUAUUGUGGACAUGCUGGAGCGCAAGGUCAUUGGGCCUAUCCAACCCAUCACGAAGCUGCCGGUAUCAAGCAUCGUGUCUGGGUUGCGCAAGCUCCAAAAUGGAAACAACAUGGGCAAGGUUGUUGCCAUCCUGGGACCGGCCGACAGAGUCUUGGCGGACAGCCUCUCGCCCCUACAGCAACAGGACAAGCUGCUCCGGACGAACGCCACAUACAUCAUUACCGGCGGCACGGGUGGUAUCGGAAGAUCCCUGGUGCCUUGGGCGCUGGACAACGGCGCAGCGAAUUUGAUCCUGCUUGGCCGCUCUGGCGCUUCCAACCCAGACGUUGCGAAGCUCGUACAGCAGUAUAACCAGCCUGCAAACGGCAUCCAUGUACGCGCACUCGCGUGUAACGUCGCGUCGCGAGCAGACCUAAUCACGGCGUUGGACGCGAUCGAGGAUCUGCCCCAGGUGAAAGGCGUAAUCCACGGCUCGCUCUAUCUUCGCGACUCAAUGUUCACGAAUGCCACGUUCGAGGACUGGCAGAGGAUCAAUGGACCUAAGAUCGACGCUGCAUGGCACCUGCAUGAACUCCUUCCCAACCUGGACUUUUUCGUCGCGCUCGCUUCGGGAACAGGCGUCAUGGGCAACAUCGGUCAGAGCAUAUAUUCCGGAACCUCGACUUUCCUCGACGCAUUUGUGCAGUAUCGGACUCGUCGAGGCUUGCCCAGUGUCUCCAUCAGUCUCCCCAUUGUAGACGAUGCUGGGUACGUCAUUGAGCGGGAAGGCAUGCGCGCGCGCCUCAGCGAUACCAUUGGCAUCAAGCUGUCCGUCGCACAGGUUCACGACAUCAUCAAGGGAGCCAUCAUUGGCGCCUCCACGGGCCUGAACCGCGACAGCAGGACUAUUGCAUUCGUCCGAGAAGAUUCGGCAGCAUCUGAGGGUUGGGAAAACAGGUCCCACUACUUGUCUGCCGUCCGACGGAAGAAGGUGUCUGAAACUGAUAGCACCGGCCGGCAGGCCGGCAGCGGUAUGCCCACAGGCGAAGAAGGCGUACUUGAAGCUUUGAGCGGUAAAGUGGCAUCCAUCACGAUGUUGGAUCGCGAGGAUGUAACGCCGAGCCGUAGUCUGUUAGAGUACGGCUUGGACUCGUUGGUAGCCGUGGAGCUGAGGAACUGGGUCAAGAGAGAAUGCGGGGUGGAGUUGGCACUGACACAUAUCGUCGGCGCAGGCAACUUGCAGGCCUUGACGGAUCAGAUCGUCGCACAGCAGAAGUGA